UUUUUUCAAGUACCCAUUGGUAGUUUUGUAAACAUUGAUGUUGAGUGAGUCAUGUCUUCAGUGUAUUUGACCAUGUUUUUUCAUUCUUUAGUUGUAAAUCAAGAGAAGUUGAAAAUCUGGUGGCAUGGCUUUAAUCACCCUGCGGAGGAAUGUUUGUCACUUACCUGCUUUUUGGAUACACGGAGCUGCUCUAAAAAAUCAACCUAUAAAUCAUGUUCACAAGGCAGUCAAGGGACAUCAUCUGUGUCCUUGGUUCUGUUCACAACCACCUGAGCUUUUCCGGGUAAGAUUUCGUCACGCCUGUUGUAAAAAGUUUCAUUCAGAAAAUGGAAAUGACCCUCAUCCAGUUGGUGAGCCAGUAUACUCUCAAGUACGUGACUGGGACAGGCUUGAACAAAAUCUUAAAAAUGAGGACGAACAGCUAUUUAUCAGGAGACUGAACGGCUUCACUUCCUCAGAAGAAGUGUUAAGUUUCAUAAGCACAAUGGAAACUCUCCCUGAUGCUGUGGCAGCAGGAGCUUUACAACGGAUUUGUGAAGUGGAAAAAAAAGGUGGUGAUCGAAGGCUGCCAAAAGACAUACUAGAGAAUAGCCUCUUUCAAGCGUUAUGCUUUCAGUUUGAACAGGAGCCCUCACAUCUGUCAAACACUAGUUUGGUGGCUGCUUUGCAUUCUCUGAUUCUGUUGCAUGUGGAUCCUCAAAGUAACCUAUUGCUGAACCUGGUGGCAGAGUGCCAGGAUCGUCUCAAAAGAGGUGGGCUGGAAGUUCACAAUCUUUGUAUUCUUGGAGAAAGUCUGAUUAGACUGCAAGGCCCAGAUUGUGUGACACUAGAACUGAUUCUUUAUCAACUGCAAGGUGAAAAAUUGGAAACAUUUACCCCGGAGGAUAUUGUGGCCCUUUAUAGAAUAUUGCAGGCCUGUGCUGAAAAAAUGGAUCAACACCAAACGUUUUUAAAUAAGAUAAACAACUUUUCCCUUUCAAUAGUUUACAGCCUGAGCCCUAAAUUGAUUAGCCAAAUGCUCACUGCCCUCGUUGCCCUUGAUCAAACUCAGGCACUUCCUCUGGUUAUAAAAUUGGGUAAAUAUGUUGUGAGGCACAUCACACAUUUCACUAAUGAGGAACUUGGAAGAGUCUUAGAGGCUUUCAUAUAUUUUGGGCACAGUGACAGAUUUUUUACACAAGCCCUAGAGCAAUACGUAACUACACUUUCUCUUACCUUGGAUCCCGAAGUUGUCAGCAAAAUCAUGGAGUACUGCAGUAGAAAACUGAUUCUUUCAAAACCCAUCUUUGAUGCAGUGGCAGAAAGUUUUGUUUGCCAAACAGAAAAAUUUUCACCUAGUCAGGUUUCUAAAUUAAUUGAGCCAUUUGGAAAACUCAAUUAUUUGCCACCAAAUGCCUCUGCUUUAUUUAGGAAGCUAGAAAAUAUGCUAUUCACUCAUUUUAAUUAUUUUCCACCCAAAACACUAUUGGGACUUCUCCAUUCAUGUUCACUUAUUGAACGCCAUCCAGUCAACUUUAUGGCAAAAAUAUUCAGCCCCUUUUUCCUUCAGCGUCUUCAAGGUGAAGAAUCUUAUUUGGACAGAUUGAGCCUGGCCCGACUGACCCAGCUUUUCUUAACUUCAGUCCUAGAGUGCCAUUUCUAUAAGGGUCCAAAACUUCUUCCUAACUUUCGAGUGAGAUCGUUUCUUACUCCAUGCUGUUCCCUGGAGACCCCUAUGGAUUUUCAGCUUUAUAAAUCUGUGAUGGUUGGACUGAUUGACCUUUUAGGAGCAAGAUUGUAUUUUGCUUCAAAAGUGUUAACACCUUACUGUUAUACGAUAGAUGUGGAAAUUAAAUUAGAUGAAGAAGGAUUUGUAUUGCCAUUCAUGGUUGAUGAAGAUGUCCAUCAAAGGGUAGCACUGUGCAUUGAUGGUCCAAAAAGAUUUUGCCCUAAUAGCAAACACUUAUUGGGAAAAGAAGCUAUUAAACAAAGACACCUACAGUUACUUGGUUAUGAAGUUGUUCAGAUCCCGUAUCAUGAGAUUGAUAUGCUAAAAUCAAGACUAGAAUUGGUGGAAUAUUUACAGAGAAAACUAUUUUCUCAAAGAAGUGGUGACCAUUGGUAACAAGAAGGAAUAAUGGCUUCAGAACUUAGUGAAAAAAAUUAUAUUUUUAUGGGACUUGGUAUUUAAAAAAGAAUAUGUGAAUUAGCCAUUUUGCAGAAUUAUGUUUAUAUUAUACCUUUCUAUGUCUACCUAGAAAGGGUCUAUAGUUUUCCUUAUACCAUGUAUACAUUUAUCAGUGGUAAAUUCAAAAUUAGUUUUAAUUUAAUACUAGUAUCAUAGAUACCUUUUAUACAUCAAACAGAAUCGAUCACGUGCAAUAAAGGAAUGAAUGUUAUUUUUAAAUCUUUUGUUUGUAAUAAUUAACUGCUAACUGAAAAUAGUUUGUUCUUUGUAGACUUUUAUUGUCUAACAAAUGUAAGCAAGCAAGAAAUUUUAUCUUUUAUCUUUUACUUCCUUAAAUGUUUUGUCAGUGAAAGUGUGAUGUAUGGUUAGGAAAAGGAGCACUGAAAAAUAGACUAUAGUACUUUGGAUAUAAACAUUCAUAAUUAUAGAACUAUCUAGAAAUAACCCUUUAGAUAAUAAGAUAUAUUGGUAUGGUAACUUUAAAAAAAACAAAGGUGCAGAGAAGUGAAAAAGCAACUUAAUUUAGGUAGGGGCUUAAAUUUUGAGUCGAGAAUGAAUUGUCAUUAGUUCAUUGCAGAUGCUUCAUUGUCUCAUUGUAUGAUCAGGUUAAUGCUUCAGGGGAGAAGAGGACGUGGGGGCAGACUGGGAUAGGAGAAAGAGCUUUGGAGUUGGAAACUGAGGCUCUGCUAGUGCUGUGACUUGGGCAGGGACAGCUGCUGUUUCUCAUUCUCUCACUCUGUGCUGAGCGCUUUGGCACGAUGCUUGUGUGAGUCUCACAUCGUGACUCCUGAUUUUAAGUAUAGCUCCCGUUUUACAGCCCAGCUCAGAGGGGAUGAAUAUUCUACCUGAUAUUUCAUUCAUCACUGUUGAUGAGUGUAACUUUUUAAUCUGGUCCCGAGAAGCAGGUGGAACACAGUGGCUAAGAAUCUAGGUUCAGUAAUCCUUCGGCAUGGGUUUAAGAUCUAGCUUUGCCAUUGCUAACUGUGACCUUGUUCUCCAGUUUCCUGAGAGCUAAUCAUACAUCACAGGGGGCUGUGGUAACACAGUAGUAUAAACUGGGAAGCUUAAAACAACAGAACUGCAUUCUUUCCUAGUUCUGAAGGCUAAAAGUCCACAGUCAAGAUGUCAUCAGGGCCAUGCCCCUGUGAACCCUCCAGGGGAGGAUCCUUUCUUGCUUCUUCCAGCUGCUUCUGGUGGCCCCAGACAUUCCUCAG